AUGGACUCUACAAAACUCUCAUGCGAUAAGGUUUCGCUGCUACAACUGGCCUCAAUCAGGAGGUCUGUGUGGGACAGUAAGGCAUCCCAUCCCCGGUUAAUACACAUGGAGAUGGUUGCGCACCAAUCUGCCUGCCAGGAGUACAGCAUUGAAAUCCUCAAGCAUCUGAUUGAUCUCGAGAAUCAGACCCGGUCGUCAUGGACUAGCUUCCAGUCCCAGCCGGAACUUACCGUGGAGAUGCGCACUUUGAUUUUCGACUUUAUCAUGAGCUGCCACACUCGCUUGGGACUUUCCUCCUCGACACUCUUCUUAUGCUACAACAUCAUUGAUCGGUACUGCUCCAAGAUCAUUGUUAAAUCACCCACAUAUCAGCUACUAGGGCUUACCGCUCUUUGGCUGGCGUCCAAGUUCGCAGACAAAAAGCCCCGAAUACCGAGCCUGCAGAGCCUCUGCUGCCACCAGCACACGAAACAGCAGUUCAAGGAAAUGGAGCUGCACAUCCUCAAGAGCCUUAACUGGUCUGUGUGCUCUGCUCCGAGUCACGAUUCGUUCGUGGAUAUCCUCCUGAAAACCAAGAUAGCCAAUCUCAGCUUCAAGCGCCUCAAUCUAAACGAUUUAAAGUAUGGAGCAACGAUUCUUUGCGAGCUAUCCUGCUUUGACCCAGCACUGAACUACAAUUACAACUCCAGCGCCAUUGCCUUGGCAAGCGUUACAGUUAUAACCUGCGCACUCCGACUCGCUGAGCUCUCCGAGUUCAUAGAUUGCAGGCGAUGUACUACUGACAAAAAUCUCAUUGUCAUCUGCAACCAGCUUCUCUGUCUACUAGCCUGCGAGGACAACUUCCCGUCCAGCUUUAACCUCAAGUACGCUUCCGAGGGCGGCACGCUCCACUCCAACCCCAUUAUGGCCCGUCUGUUCGCUUAUUACCGCCGGUUAGCUGAUGAGAAAAAACGUUCGUGGCGUGAUGCAGGCACUCGCGUGGGCUCGCCAUGUGCAGGCUCAGCACCGGCCAGUGCUGCCGGCGGCUCCCCCGAUAUCCGCAUUGGCGGCGACACGCCCCCGGGCUCUGUUCCGCCUUCCGCUCUGGGCCCGCUUGCCCCGCAUAUGCCGACAAUCAAGACUUUUGUGCCUCCCACACCAACUACUCCGAGCAACUCAUCGCGCACUCAGCUGUCGCUUUGUGCCAAGCCCCAUACGCUACCCGCGCCUGUGUCCGUCGCAGCGUCGGCGCGCGCAAAAGGCACUGCACAUCAGCACACGCCUCCGGUCCAGAACCCCGCGCACUUGCUGCAUACUGCGCAAUCUAAGCGCGCCGCCUCGGCCAUGGACCUUGAGUUCUUCGACAUGGAUCAUGCCCUGGUCAAGAAACUACGCUAG